AAGGGACGCCCUCAGUCCAACGUCCUUUCCUUCCCUUGUCUUCACGGUCUGAUUUAUUAAGUGCUUCGGUACUAAACAAAUCACAGACCUGAAUAUAUAACCCGAAAACCUUCCCUUAUGUCACAACACGACAUAUCUUUCUCAAUUUUUACCCUCCGGUUAUUUCAAACCGUUAUAUCAUUCCGACUCGAUAAUUCCCUCGAAUAUCUACAAACGAUCGACGUAUUUAUUUAUCGUACAUUGAUUUGAAUAUCCUCAAAUCUAUUCCUACCACGAUGAUUGGAUUUGUAUGCCACACGUCGUCCCUAAAAAUCCUUAAUUCACUACUGUCGUUCGUUCGUACGAGCAUUCUCAAAAUAAUCCUAUGACGACCGAUGAAUUCGUUCGUCAGGCGUUAAGCCUAGAUUCCUAUUUGGCAAUGCAGGUUCCGUAAAUACCAAACCUCGUAUUGCAGUCCAAUCAUUCAAUCCUUGUGCAUAACGGAAUUUCUAUACCGAACACAACCAUACACUCCAUAGUACCAUACAAGCACAGUCCGAUGUACAGAGCCAAAUAAAUGUCCAGAUUAUACAUUCCAAAAUAUAAAUACAGUCCAAAUUACAAGUUGCAUUAAUACAUAGUAUGUCAUUCCAAUUCAAUCCCUGCAAUAUGCAAAAGUUCCUAUUGCAACCAGGCUACCUCCCUUCCCUGUCAGCCCAGCUCAUCUCACAACAAGUCUGUUUUGCCUCCCUAAGCUCAGAGCUGCAGCCAACCAAGCAACCUCCUCAGCCAAAGUCUGUAUUCCCUCCCCAGCCGACCUGGCAGCCACUCAUGCUCUCUUUCUCAGCCAACCACCAGAAGUCUAUUUUGCCUCCCUCAGAACAGCAGCAUGCACAGAACAUGUUCGAUAAAUUGCCCACAAGCCACAACAGGGUUUCACACCCACUUUUGCCGGCACAACACAGAGUCUUGCACCAAACAUUCACAGCCAUCAAAUGCCCUGGAGCCCUCCCCAACAGCAGCAAUACAUUCACCAUGAACCCAAUCCACAAAACCCUCCACCAAAUACAUGCAACCACAGAACCAAGUUCACUGAGAAGGGCAACGCCAAGAUCACACCGAAAGGUGGCAAAGCCAAGUACGAUGGGCCAUGCGUACCUGGUAGUGUGGCGAUGUCGACGUUUUGGCACUGCUCCCUGCCCACCCUCACAUCGCCUCCCAUGCACAGGCAGCCAGCAAACCUAUAUAAACCCCACCAAAGACAGCAGCAGCUCGGCUCCUCUCCAUUUCUUCUCCACCUCCACGCUCGAGCUCUGCCACUGCACUCCUCAGUCCCGUGCACAAGCUGCCAUCCCUCCAUUUGCUCCGCCGCGGCCGGCUCCGGCUGGGCCUCAGUUGAGCAAGAGGACGGAUAGGCUGCCGCACCAUUGAUCACCCGAGAACGACUAACUUUAACAUCUAACCCUUGACUCACUAACCAGCUAACCUUUUUCUUUCUGUUUCACUGACUCUUCCAUUUUCAGUUUCGCUAACCUCUGACUCUCUAACUCUUUCUUUUUGGAUUCGCUAACCCCUAACUCACUAACCCGCUGACUCCUUUACUUUCCGUUUCGCUAACUUCUAACUCCCUAACUCUUACCUUGCACUAACCCGCUGACGUUGUCCCUUAGCAUUAUGUAUUCCUUUGUUGACGACGAUCGAACACAUGGUGUGCGAGGACGAACAGCAAGCCUAGGAUGAUCCGCGAGCCGGUUGUCGACGCCCGUCGACCACGCACGGUGUGCCGCUACUCGGCUACCGCAAUGUAUAGGUUCAUAGGUUCUCAUUCCAGAAGGCAUGGUAACAUCUAUAGACAAUGUGAGAGGGUUGACCCUGGCCAUAUCAUCAAGUGCAUUUAUCGGAUCAAGCUUUAUUAUCAAGAAAAUUGGGCUCAAGAAGGCUGGGGAUUCUGGGGUUCUGGAGGUUUCUCAUACUUGUAUGAGCCAUUAUGGUGGUUGGGGAUGAUAACUAUGAUUCUGGGCGAGGUAGCAAACUUUGCAGCAUAUGCAUUUGCUCCCGCUGUACUUGUUACUCCUCUAGGAGCUCUUAGCAUUAUAUUUAGUGCAGUGCUCGCACACUUCGUCUUGAAAGAAAAACUCCAUAUGUUUGGUGUUGUUGGCUGUAUCUUGUGUGUUGUUGGCUCUGUUGGUAUAGUUUUGCAUGCCCCAAAGGAGAGAGAGAUUGAUUCAAUAGAUGAAAUAUGGCAUCUUGCUACUGAGCCAGGUUUUAUUGUUUAUUCAUGUGUGGCUGUGGUGUCUGUUCUAUUUUUGAUUUUCUGGGUUGCUGAACGUUCUGGACACAGGAAGAUGCUUGUUUAUAUUGCAAUCUGUUCAACAAUGGGAUCUCUCACGGUUAUCAGUGUAAAGGCAGUUGCCAUUGCCUUGAAGCUGUCAUUUGGUGGAUCAAAUCAGUUCAUCUACAUCCAAACAUGGUUCUUCAUAGUAGUUGUUAUAGUUUGUUGUUUGGUGCAGUUGAACUACUUAAAUAAGGCACUGGACUCAUUUAAUACAGCUGUGGUCUCUCCUGUGUACUACGUGAUGUUCACCAUACUUACUAUUUUUGCUAACAUGAUUAUGUACAAGGAUUCAUUCUCACGGAAUGCAACACAGAUUGCAACACAGUUAUGUGGUUUUGUGACCAUCGUUGCAGGAACUUUUCUCCUGCACAAGACUAGGGAUAUGGGGAAUGAACCGCCGCUACCAGAUGAUGAAAUUUGUCUCGAUGGAGGAAGUGUGCGCCCAGAUCGUCUGUCACAGUCUAGUAGCUAGCAUGUAGUACCGAAAACUUUUGGCUUAUCGAUGUAAAAAAUGCUAGUGGAUGCUGAAUAAACUUGACUUGAAAAGUCCUACACCGAUUGAUACGCAGACAGGCACAAUCUUGUGCUGUUUGGCAAUCUUGUUCAGAACUUUGUUUUCUCGUAGAAUUUGAAAAUUUUAGGGACUAUGAUGAAACUCGGCAUUAGGCGUUUCCGCUCUACCGUGUCGAUAUGUGCUUUAACUUUGUUUUGUACAAUAGUAGUAUUGUAAAUGGAACCUUGACAAUAUUUGAGUUCAGAGAUACUACAAUGUCAGAUUUCCACUGAGAUGUAA